AUGGCGGCCCCCGGUAGGCACGUAGGGCAUUACAUCCAGAGAAACGGGCGAUUUCUGCUCUGUAACAUCGAGCAGGUGUUGGGUCACAGGAGUUUUGGUUGGACUCCAGCUGUGCGACAACAAGCUGCAGAAGUUAAUCAAGAGUUGCCAGAGAGUAUCGUCAUCCCCAAGAAGAAAACAUGGAGCAAAGAGGCGGUGCUGGAGGCGCUGUCUUCAACUGUAGGCAGGGAUCCUACAGCAUGUCCCUACAUGUUCCAGGAUGAUCCGUUCCUCACUCCCAGAACUUCUACUGAGUUCAGGAUGUUUGCUCUCUCUCAGGAGUCUGGCAGAGAUGCAGCCAAAUUCUUUAUCAACAGUAAUCCCAAGUUCUUCACCAAAGACUUCGCUGAACCGCAUAUACCGUGUCUGAUGCCGAAGACGGUGUCGCUGGUUCUCGAGGAAGUGAGCGAAGAGGCACUGAAGGAACGGAUCAACCUGAGGAAGGUUUCAGCUGCUGUCGACAUGUACGAUCAACUACUGCAGGCUGGCACAGCAGUCAGUAUGGAAACAACCCAUGGCCUCCUGGAUCUGAUCUGUUUCUACUGUGACAAAGACCCUGCUGAAGAGGAGGAACCACAGAGAGAAGACACAGACUCAGACGAGCCAAAGCCGAAGGGGCGGAUCCACCGAGCAUCAGACUUCAUUAAGUUGACGUGGAAAGAGAACAACAAUGCAGAGAGAAUCUUUAACCUGCUGCCAGAGAGAGAUACGAGGUGUUACUCCGCUCUGAUCAGAGGGAUGGUGAAGUAUAGAGCCCCUGCAAAGGCCUACAGCAUGUACACGGAUAUGCUCAACAACAGAGUGACAGGUGACGUCCACAUCUUCAACACUCUGAUCUCCUCAGUUGUACAUCUCAGAGUAAACUAUGAGGCGAGAUGGGAACUUGUCACCGAGCUCUUGUACCAGAUGAAUCAGCAGAAGAUUCGUCCCAAUAUUCUGACCUUCAACAGUGUUCUCCAAACUCUGAGACGCUGCGGCCCUAUUGGCAAAUCACUAAGUCUGCAGACAGUGAGUGAGAUGAAGGCACUGGGAAUAGCUCCCAGCUUGGCCACCUACGAGCACAUCCUGUGUCUCUUUCACAAACCAGUCGCCCAGAAACAGUACGGCGCUGACAUUUUGCAAGAAAUAGUGUCCGAGCUGGAAGGAACCAGCCUCACCUGCCAGGACCCUAAUGACGUUCUGUUCUUCGCCACCGCAAUGAGAGUAUGUGUGGAUACUAAAGAGCUCGAGCUCGGCUAUAAAGUCCACAGUCUGACAGAAUUUGGGGAGAACUAUAAGCUGCAGGGAGUACCCUACCAGCGGAGUACGUACUAUGGUCGUUUCUUCAACCUGUUGUGCAUGAUGGAACACGUCGAUGCGGUGCUGAAGUGGUACAGGCGCCUGAUUCCCUCGCUGUUCUACCCGAACGUUCAGGGAAUGAUGGACCUGCUGCAGUGUCUGGACACUGACAACCGCCUGGACCUGCUGCCUGACAUAUGGAAGGAUAUCAAGACUGUAGGUCAUGAAAAUAAAUCUGAAGUGGUGGAGGAGGUGCUCCAGCUGAUGGCCAGAGAGAAGCACAGUCCCGAGGUUCAGGAGUCUUUUGCUACGUGCGCUCUGGAUGUGAAAAAUGAGUUCGAAGUGAAGCGCCUUCUGCAGUGGAGCAACUUGUCCCUCUCAAACGUCACCAUAGUGCUGCUGCGAGCCAACAAAACCCAAAUGGCCUGGGAGAUGCUGGAGCUCUUCAAAUCCUACAACAGAGUUCCUUCGAAGGAGGUUCUGGACGCCUUCCUGACGGUGUGCCACAGUGACGGCACGCCACAGAAAGCAGUGGAGCUGGUCCAGGCGGCUGCAGCCCUCUGUCUGCUGCAAACGCCGACGCUGGCCACGAGAACGCUGGCCGAGUUCGAUCUGACUGAGGAGCAAAGAGCCAUUUUAACUGAACUGGAGGCUGCAGGAGAACCGUCCGACUGAGGGAGACGACACUCUUAAAGAUAUAAGAAGUCCAUCUGUAUGAAAGUCUUAUAACUUAAGACAGAGAGUAUUUGUCUGUAAUUACUUUAGUUAUAUGUGUAAUAAAAUAUAUGUGUUAUAAAUA